AUGUCGCUCGAGUCGCACUAUCCUUCGAAUUGUCCAUUUUGUCGUAUAAGCGAGGCGUAUCCUGCAUCGUCCGGCACACCCAUACCCUCGGCUCCCGACCCAACUCUCGUUGACCCCAAUGCCUUCGUUAUCCUAUCCUCUGAUCAUGUUCUCGCCUUCCUGGAUAUCCUGCCCAUGACCACUGGACAUGUCUUGCUCACCACGCGCGUACAUCACGAGAAACUGAGUGAAGUGCCUAUUGGGCCUACUGCCCAAGCCCUAGGAUACUGGAUGCCACUAAUGUCAAGAGCACUUGCCAAAACGCUGGAUGUCGAGGACUGGAAUGUUGUACAGAACAACGGAAUACGUGCCGCUCAAGUUGUGCCUCAUGUGCAUUUCCACUUCAUCCCUAGGUACUCCGAAGGUCGUCGUCCCCCAUCAAAGAAAAGCAAGGGUGACACUUUCGAGAUCAAGAGCUGGAAGAUGUUUGGUCGAGGUCAGAGAGAAGAGUUAGACGAGGAAGAGGCGGUUGUGCUGGCUCAAAAUAUUAGGGAAGCUUUGAAACAAGAAGUUGAGGCCCUGGAAAAGGAUACGGCCAAGCUUUGA